AUGCUGGAGCCUCGUCCACUGCUAGGCGCGCAGGUCACCGAGCUCGCCGACGGCGUGUUCGUUGCCAUGUCGCUCAAUCACGCUGUCGCCGACGGGACCACGUUCUGGCACUUAUUCAACACCUGGUCGGAGAUCCACCGCAGUGGUGGCCGCGGCUGCGAACUGUCCACGCCGCCGCCGGUGCUCGGCAGAUGGUUCCCCGACGCAUGCCCUGUGCCGGUCACCCUACCGUUCAUGAAGGUGGAGGACAUCAUCCAGCGCGUCGAGUUCCCACCGGUACGCGAGUGUUUCUUCCACCUCUCGACGGCGAGCGUACGGAACCUCAAGGCAAAGGCAAACGCCGAGAUGACCGGCACGGCACAGCCACAAGCAGACCCCAUCUCCUCAUUGCAGGCCGUGCUUGCACACCUCUGGCGCGGUGCGUGCCAAGCCCGGCGCCUCCCGCCUGACCGGGAGACGAUCUGCCUGCUGCGCCCCGUAGGAUGCCGAGGAAGGGUGCAGGGCGUGCCGCAGCACUACAUGGGCAGCGCCGUGACGCUCGGCGUGGCCAAAUGCACCGUCGCCCAUGUCGUGGACAAAGGGCUGGGCUGCACGGCGUGGCUGCUCAACCAGGCCGUGGCGUCCUUCGAUGAGGCCAAGACGAGGGACGCGCUCGCGUCCUGGCAUCAGAAGCCACACAUCCUGUGGCCGGGCUUUGGCUCCGACUACCUGGAGGCGUCCGGCGACGGCGAUCCUACGGAUAUCGUUGUUGCGGCCUCGCCGCGGUUCGACGUCUACGGAAAUGACUUCGGGCGGGGCACACCGGUCGCCGUUCGGAGCGGCGCUGGGAACAAGAUGGAUGGCGUGGUGACCGUGUACCCGGGGCGUGAUGGUGGUGGGAGCAUGGGGGUGGAGGUGUGCAUGUCUCAGGAAGCGCUCGCCAGGCUCACAGCGUUCAUGGAGGUAGUGGACAUGGCGUGA